CUGGGAGCGUGACCUAAUCGCGCGUUUGCGCAGACCUCGUCGGGUUUCUCUCCUGCGCGCUGCUCGCUGCGAUAUCCCUUGUCACAAACAAUUGAAAAAAAAAGACUUUCUACUUAUUGCAAGCAAAUCCACCGAAAGCGAAGGAGAGCAUUCAAUAGAUCACUUGGCUUUUUCUGAACAACGAUCGGAACGAAACGAUCUUGCGACUACAACUUGUGACUUUGGACGCGCACGAUGAUAUAGAGAAGCCUCAACGCUCACAAUCCCUUCAAAAUAACCCUUUCUUUCCAUCAGCAACCCAAAAGGUAUAAGGACAGUCAUAGAGCCAUGAAACGGAUUCGGACAGUCGACGAGGAGUCUAGGAGCGCUUUCGUAGCCAAACAGCAGGACUCUGGAUUUCCCAAUGAUCAGCUGAAUAAACGACGGCGCACUUUGGGAAUGAGUUAUGGCGAGUCAUCAAACGCUGGAUUUGUGGAGGCCGGUGUUGUUUUGGAUGUUAAGGCGACAUCCGCUCUUAUUUCGCAUGGGAGCCCACUUUCAGGGAUAGAAAACAUAGCGCAUGUCAGCGAUCAGCAAACUGGGGGUAUCGCAUUACGCGCUGCCUGUGGGCAGUCGACGGAGCAGCGUUGUAUUGUUAUUGACGAAGUCAUGCGAGCAUGGGAUUCGAGUUUGGAUUUGUGUAAAUCCACGUUUGAAGCCUGUAAGACGAUUCUGGACAAGGUUACCUUCAACAUAGCUGGAAAUGAUAUCUCACAGAUGGGGAGCGAGAAAUUGCAUGAAUGGGCAGCAGCGGCGAUUUGGGUGCAAUCCCAUGUUGAAAAAUGCCAAGUAUGCCCAGACGGCACCCUCUCCGAAGCAUAUGGGCCACCUAUGCGGAUAUCAAGGCUCUUAGAUUGCGCCCUAUUGAAGAGGAGCAACACCCCGAUUCAGAUAAAAGAUCUGCCAUCGCUUACGACCGAAUUCAAGCUAGUUGUGACGGCACUUCAGCCCGAUCUUCAUCCUGUCUUAUACCAGAGGUUGACGACCGAUCUCCACGUAGCAGAAACGUUACAUCAAACCAUUGCUCGCGCUUUUGGCCUGUUUGAUAACGUAUUCAGAGGGCUGCUUCGACAUACAAACUCGGAGCGGAUGGGACUAGCUAUGGGUGAUGAGUUCUUGGAUGCUGUUCAUCGCUUUGCGUGGAUUUUUUUCUUGGUUGGUGCUGAUGCACAUUUCACGGUACCUUGGCCAGAAAAUGACGUUGAAACGUGGUGCCUGUACUGUGUGCUUUUUGUUGCGAUCCAACUCCCGGUCGAUAAGCGCAGAAUGAUUAGGGAAGUUUUGACGUUUGUUGGCCUUGAAAAUAGGUCAUCUGUUGACCAGUGCAUUGCGGGCGGUGUCCAACCGGACGCCGACUGGAGAGACUAUUACACUACUGUGCGAAAAUGGUUCUGUGAAAAGUACAACAAGGACACCGCUCAGUUUUUGCGACAUGAGCAGGACUCAAUUGAGCGGGUGCUGAAUAUGCUGAUACAACACAAAACGCAGCCGUUCAAGCACGAGCAAAUACGAGUUCUUAACCCGCAAAUACCAUGGUCCAUCUACGACGGUGCUUUGGACCCUGGGCGAUUAUUGUACAGUAAUAUCGAAGAUUUGAGCCGGUGGUACGAUACAAUAUUGCUGGAGAAGCCGUAUGAGUUUGAUGGUAGGCUUUUCAGGCCCCUAAGUAGAACAAUAGCCACUCCACGAAGAUUUUGUAGAACGCCCCGUAUGUCGGUUACGAAAUCCGCGAGCUCGCGGAGCUUAAAAGCCGCAUUUGAGCGGGCCAGUGUUUUCAAUAAUCUCAUGGCAGCCACUCCCUACAUGGCCCGCUCCAUCUCUGGAAGAGGAACAAGAGGGGCACCAACUGAAGCCGAUCGACACCAGUUACAAGAGAAGUUUGCGGGGAUGUUUGCGAACGAUUCUCUAGACCAAGCCAUCAUUACUUGCAGACUCUUGGCCUCGUACAUAUCACACACGCAGAUUCGUGCCAUCAUAAAUCGAGUGGAAACUGUGACAGCAAAUCUCCCACAUGACCCAAUCCGCGAUGCAGCGUGGUCUUACGGUGUCAAGCUUUAUUAUCGACUCAUGGAAGAUUUGUUGGGUAGUCCACAUGCACGAACAUCAAAGGAAUUUUACCAAAAGUUGGUGGAAGAUGGGCAAUUCCAUCGCUGCCUGCUAUUUAUUUCGUUGGAAAUUGUUCGAUACAUGUACAAGUUCGACAAACCAUUCACAAAUGAUUUAAUACAUCAGACGCAAUGUCAUGUUGUGGUGUUGGCGAUGAUGCUAAAGUUGGUGCAGCAAGGCGAUUUUUGGUUGCCUGGGUGGAUGAGCAAGCGACUAGUAGAGAUCGAAGAGCGAGUGCUGGAGACGGAGUUGUGGAAGUGCAGAAGAUUCUAUCCCAUGCUGCGGGCUGCGGCCGGUGAGCGGUGCGAUGAUGGAGCGUCACCAAUGAUACCGAAAACUGCGGCUUUCUACGGCUCUAAAAUAAACCCCACUGAGUCGUCCGUACCAGGCGAAAUCAAAGGCAUUCAGUGUCUUUUAAGCCAAGCAACUCUUAUGUCGAUUGUGCGCCUGCGUCAUCUUUGCACCGCACUUCACCUCUCUCCCGACACCGCACAGAAACUCCUCGAAUGGGGCUUCAAGCACGAGCACAGGCAUCACUUGCUUCAGAAUCGCCAUGUGGAUGUGUACGUUAUGGCAUGUGUGUACGCUGCCGCAAAAAUGGAGGGGAAAAUUAUGACCUUCAAAAGUGUGGUAGAGGGAUAUAGAAAGCAGCCGCAGUUUGAUGAGAAGACGGCCACCUCCAUCUAUAUUUCGCAAUCUGAGCCUUCCGUGGACUUGAUAACUUAUUACAAUCGUGUCUUCCUUCCGAUUCUGCGAACGUAUAUGAACUCCAUUGAUACCAACUCCCGAGCUGCUCAGUCGACAACCACCACAACAGCAACCACAACCAUCGCAAAUGCAAGUGCACCAGUACCACCACCAGCAAUAGUACCGUCUCCUUCGCACCACCGCCUAUCUGCCCUGCGCCCACCGAUCGACUCAUCAGUCCCCACCAUGACACCUCGCACACGACGCUACUGCGCAACGGAGAGCCCUUUGACAACCGGACGGAGAGAUUUGGGAUCAAGUAGAGGCCCCGUUACCUCCAUGCGUCGUCUGUUCGGUGCCGACGGUCGUCCACCGCGACUCCCGGACUCUAGACCUCCCCGGGGUUGAUGCCCUUGUGUCACAGAAGGUCAUGAAAAGCAUUUGGAAUCCAUUGAUACAGGCGUCUUGACUGCGUAGAACUUCUAGUGAGAAGAAAUGGUCAGUGCCGGCAUAGAUUUAAGUUAUUAUGGUGGAAGUAGGAACGGAAGGGAAAUGGGAAUCUGUGAUCAAUGUAAGUAUGAUUAAAGUGACAACAAUGUUAUGAG